UUUACAGAGGACGCGGCGGGGCGGGGCUGCGCGCGAGGCGGGGCUGCAGCCGCUCCCGGGACCGCCCUGCCCAGGCGCCGCGGGGCUCGGCGCGGCUACGUGCAGAAUCCCUCUAGCUAAAACGUAAUGUCAGAUUGGGCAAGUACUGUGGAGGAACGGCAAUGUCUGGUGGAGAACAGAAACCAAAGAGGUACUAUGUGGGUGUGGACGUUGGAACAGGCAGUGUCCGUGCAGCUCUGGUGGACCAGAGUGGGGUCCUGUUGGCUUUUGCAGACCACCCAAUUGAGAAGUGGGAGCCCCAGUUCAACCACCAUGAGCAGUCCUCCGAGGACAUCUGGGCUGCGUGCUGUGUUGUCACAAAGAAAGUUGUACAAGGGAUUGAUUUAAACCAAAUUCGAGGACUUGGGUUUGAUGCCACGUGUUCUCUGGUUGUUUUGGAUAAGCAGUUUCACCCUUUACCGGUCAACCAUGAAGGGGAUUCCUGUCGAAACGUCAUUAUGUGGCUGGAUCAUCGAGCAGUCAGUCAGGUCAAUAGGAUCAAUGAGACCAAGCACAGCGUUCUCCAGUACGUCGGCGGGGUGAUGUCUGUGGAAAUGCAGGCCCCGAAGCUUCUGUGGCUGAAAGAGAACUUGAGAGAGACUUGCUGGGAUAAGGCGGGACAUUUCUUUGAUCUCCCUGACUUCUUAUCAUGGAAGGCAACAGGUGUCACAGCACGGUCUCUCUGCUCUCUGGUGUGUAAGUGGACCUACUCAGCAGAGAAAGGAUGGGACGACAGUUUCUGGAAAAUGGUUGGUUUGGAAGACUUCGUUGCAGAUAAUUACAGCAAAAUAGGAAACCAAGUGCUACCUCCUGGAGCUUCUCUUGGAAAUGGGCUCACACCAGAGGCAGCAAGAGACCUUGGCCUUCUCCCUGGGAUUGCGGUCGCAGCCUCACUCAUUGAUGCCCAUGCAGGAGGACUAGGAGUGAUUGGGGCAGAUGUGAGAGGGCACGGCCUCGUCUGUGAGGGGCAGCCAGUGACGUCACGGCUGGCUGUCAUCUGUGGAACGUCUUCUUGUCACAUGGGGAUCAGCAAAGACCCGAUUUUUGUACCAGGGGUCUGGGGGCCUUAUUUCUCAGCCAUGGUACCUGGGUUCUGGCUGAAUGAAGGUGGUCAGAGCGUUACUGGAAAAUUGAUAGACCACAUGGUACAAGGCCAUGCUGCUUUCCCAGAACUACAAGCGAAGGCCACAGCCAGAUGCCAGAGUAUAUAUGCAUAUUUGAACAGUCACCUGGAUCUGAUUAAGAAAGCUCAGCCUGUGGGUUUCCUUACUGUUGAUUUACAUGUUUGGCCAGAUUUCCAUGGCAACCGGUCUCCCUUAGCAGAUCUGACGCUAAAGGGCAUGGUCACCGGAUUGACACUGUCUCAGGACCUCGAUGAUCUUGCCAUUCUCUACCUGGCCACAGUUCAAGCCAUUGCUUUGGGGACUCGCUUCAUUAUAGAAGCCAUGGAGGCAGCAGGGCACUCGAUCAGUACUCUUUUCCUGUGUGGAGGCCUCAGCAAGAAUCCCCUUUUUGUGCAAAUGCAUGCAGACAUUACUGGUGUGGCCUUAUCCUGCACAGGCAUGCCUGUGGUCCUGUCGCAAGAGGUGGAGUCUGUUCUUGUGGGUGCUGCUAUUCUGGGUGCCUGUGCCUCAGGGGAUUUCGCUUCUGUACAGACUGAGUCUCACUCUCUCACCCAGGCUGGAGUGCAGUGGAGAGAUCUUGGCUCACUACAACUUCCACCUCCCGAGUUCAAGUGAUUCUCCUGCCUCAGCCUCCUGAGUAGCUGGGUCUACAGGCUGACAUUCCCUGCUCCUGGCUCUGGUCCCACCACUGCCUCCUAUCAUCGCUUGAUUCCUAAGAGGGGUAGCAGCUGUCUGCUGUUGGUAACCUGUGUGUGGCUUCAACAACCUGUUUGGCUUCUAAGUUUCUUAUGUCACCAAUGAAACUAAAUUCUUAUAUUUAAUUCCUGCUGUUGAAAGACCUAGCAUAGUUUCAGCUAUUGUGACUGGACUCUGACUGCUAUCACUGCUUUUAAAUACUAAGAGACAGUAGUCCUUACAGAGAAUUCACUUCUCCUCUCCAUGUUGGAAUGAGCCAAGCCAACUGGAGAAGGGAUGGCUGGUUAUCACAGAGAUGUACUAACUAAAGCUCAAAAGACAAGAAAUUGCCCUAAGCAUCUUUGAUGAAUACUGCCAAUACUGAGUUUGGCACUGAGGCCUGGAACCUCAGGUAGCUUACCCCUCUCUGAGGAGACAAGACUUCAGUACAAGUCAUAGCCAAGCGCAGUACGAGGUAGUGUCUAGUCAUAAGGAAUAGGAACUCCUCUUUCUUGAGCCAGAGCCCUGGACCAUUCACUAUUCUAGGUGAGUCACUAUAAUAGGUAUGUGAUUAUUCUCAUACCCCAAAUAAGGAAAUGGAGGCUCAGAGAGGGCAAGUGAUUUGCCCAGAGUCACACUACUAUUAAGAAGUAGUCUUAGCAACUUACAUUUGUAUAUCCUGGAACCUGUGUUUAUUGAACUUAUAUCUGUUCCUCAGAGUUUUCUAAGCUUUUUGUCAGUUUUAAAGCAGAUAAUAAGAAAACUGCAUACAUAAUUCAUAUUACCCUGGUAUGAUAGAAAUGACCUUACAGAAACAAUAUUCAACCUUAUUCACCUAAUUCUCAGAACAGGUUUAUGUGGAAAGUUUAUUGUGUUCAUUUUUUACAGAUGAGAAAGCAGACUCAAAAAAGUAAAGGAACUUACCCAAGUUCACACUGAAUGUUUAUAUUCAACCUAGAAUUUGAAUGCAGGUUUUUCUGUCCCCAAGCACAUGCUCUUUCCACUUGGUGACAUCCAAGAACUGGACUACAUGUAGUAUAAGACCAAGUGUUGUGUUUUUUGUUUUUUGUUUUUUUUGAGACGGAGUCUCACUCUGUUGCCCAGGCUGGAGUGCAGUGGCGUGAUCUUGGCUCACUGCAACCUCUGCCUCCUGAGUUCAAAUGAUUAUCCUACCUCAGCCUCCUGAGUAGCUGGGAUUACAGGUGCCCCCGUCACACCGGGUAAUUUUUAUAUUUUUAAUAGAGAUGGAGUUUUCACCAUGUUGGCCAGGCUGGUCUCGAACUCCUGACCUCAGGUGAUCCACCCACCUUGGCCUUCCAAAGUGCUGGAAUUACAGGUGUGAACCACCCCACCCAGCUUAGAAAUUUUUUUAAAGGUUGGGGAGCAAGGCCAGGUUCCCCAUCUUCCAGGAACAGACAGUUGGGUUAGAGAAGUAUAUGUAAAGUGACCUGAAACCAGAGAGUGCCAAUGCAUAAUCUACUCUCUGGUAGUGACUACCAGCAGGAAAGAGAAACCUGGUUUUGUGUAAGAAAUGGGGCUUGAAAUGGGCUGGAGUGGAAACAUUAACUUAGGAAAGGUAGAAAACCAGCAGGAAAAGGGCUUUUUAGAUAGAGGUGCUGGUGAGAGCAAAGGAACAGAUGCAGACAGAACGGAGAUCAACCGUAACUCCUGGGAAAGGUCCUAGUUCAGGAGUAGUGAAAGAGAAAGUUGGAUACAUAGGACCACAGCUGAUUACAGGUGAGGGUUGUUAACCACAAACAGAUCAAUUAGGAAUUUGAUCAGCAGUCUUGGGAGUACCUGUUGCUCAGUAUUCCCUCAUCCUUUAACUGUCUUAAAAAAAUGUUGCAAGCUGAUAGUCUCACUUUAAAAAAAAUUAACAACAUUAAGUGCUUCUUAGAUAAUACUGCUUUCUGCUUCAAAAAAAAAUAGCUUGUAAAAAAGUCAACCUGUGAGUAAUAAUAAAAGUUUAUUACUUAUCUCUAACAGUUUUGAAGAGUCUCUGAAAUAGAAGGGGAAUACUCUUUAAAUAUCCCUAGAAAUGCUAUCCUCUUUCACAACAGUUCCUUUGCAUACAGAGUGUUAUAAAAUAAGACAUUGGAGAAUUUCAGGAUGGAGAAGGCACCUUCUGAAGCAAUGUCAUUGAGAGAUGGGGAGCAAGCCACUUUGUACCAGCUCAAAAUCUAAACCCUCCUCCCUCCCCCCAGCCCCCUCCCUGACACCUAGCCCUGGAGGAGCCUGUAUGUUGGAUGGAGUUGAUGGCAGUGAAAUUCCUACCAAGUUGGCUCUCUCAUUUUCACCUGUCAGCGUCUCUGAUGAAGAGGGAUCUUGGCAAACCAGACUGGUUUGGAUAAUUGGACUGUUGCAGUUGUCUUUAUCUCAGUAAAUUGACUAACCACUACAGAGGCUGGAGGAGAAAUUUAUAGAAAAUCCUAAAAUGGAGAUUGAAGCAAGUGUUUCAAUGACUAGGAAAGAGCAGGCCUUUGUGAGUUUCCAGCAUAUUAUAGUAUGGUGGGGCACUAGGACUCCUGUCUUCAAGGGGCCCCUAAAAAUGAGGGGGGAUUCAUUUAGUAUGUGCCAGCUGUCAUUUAAGCCCUUUUUGGUUAUUCACUCACUUAGUCCUCACAACGAUCCCAUAAGACCCUGAUAUUAGUUGUACUUUGCACACAAGGAACCUGAAUCACAAAGACAGCAAGUGCUUCCCUGUGGUUAGAUAGCUAGUAAGAGGUGAAGCUCAGAUACGAACCCAGAUUUUCUAACUCUGUGGUCAGUUCACUAUGAAAUACUGAAACCCAUUUCUGUAAAGUUCCUCUGGGAAACUCACCUUGGUGAGGCCCAUCUCUGUACAGCCCUACCCCUAUGUGCCCAUAUCUCGCUCUGGCCUUAGACGUUGCCGUGUUUGCUGACCGUACUCAAGUGUGAGCUUCCAGAUAAGAAUCCAAGUCUUACUCAUCCUUAGGAAGUAGUCGGUGCUGGAUACGUGUGUGUUGCAGCAGACUGGAGGUGAAGUUUUACAGAGACUUUGUAAUCUCCCUGAAGCUGGCUAAGAAAGCAGCCACCUAUGACUAGUUACACAGAAAGCCAGCCACUUAAGCAGUGGCACUGCUGGGUAUGGACUUAGUUUUAAAGUUGCUAGCAGGUAAAAUCUGAUCUGUGUCUCCAGAAACAAUCUUACUUGUGCACAUUAGCUCUGACUCUAAACUGCUCCUUAAUGAUUCUCACUUGCUCUAAUUUUUCAAAGACUGACUCCUCAGUCAUUAGAGUCUGUUCCAUUACUAGUAACUCAGUGUAUGACCUGGAACAAGAGGUCUACAUCUUUGGGACACAGUUUCCUCAUCUUUAAACUGAAAGAAUCAGGUUCCGGUUUUCAAAAAUAUAAAGCAGUGGAACCUUUGGGAGGCCAAUAUAUAAAACAGAAGGUGAACUGUGCCUCUGGCUUAUUUAUCACACCCUCUUUCCCCACUGCCUGGCAGCCUUGGAGGGUCUCUGCUGAACAUAAGCACUGGACUAGAUCUUUUCAAAGGAAAUAACCCAAAAUGUUUAAAAUGUUUAAUAAUGAUACUUAAUAAUUCAGUAAUAAAGUCACUUCAAAAUAGCCUAGCCUACCUUGAGAAAAGCAGGUUGGAAGGCCUCACCAUGGGACCGCUGUGCCUGUCUGUGUGACUGUCAGACACUGUGUGCUCCAGGCAGGGAGGGGUGUCAGCUUAACCUGAUCAUGUACAGUGGGUUGGGAAAGCUAACGCCUCUGGGCCUCAUUCUCCUUGGCUGGAAACAGACUGCGUGUCGUGGCACUGGGGAAUUAGAAAUUCUAUCCAGCCACUCUUGGAGAUUGAUUUUCCGUCUGGGGAUCUGACCUCUUGCUUCACUAGCAGAGGGGAUCAGACUGUUCUGGGAGGAGUCAAUGAGCUGGCCCUCAGAAAAGCCUUCCCUUUCUUUUUUGUUCUUUUUUUUAACUGUAUGUUUCAAAGGGGAAGUCUGAUUACUUUGGGGACUUAACACCACCAGUUUGAAUUCUUCUUGGUACUUAGAGCCUUGAGAUAAUCCAUACCACCCCAACAUCAGUCCUUCAUGCUAAAAGAUUACUGAAGAUUUAAUUCCAUUUAUGUCAUUGGAUUUGUAAAAAAAAAAACCCUUUUGGAUUCAAAGAUGAAUGCCUCAGUUACUUUAUUUUUGUUAUUUUCACAGACCUCUUAUGCAAAUGCCUCAAGAGUAAGAAUCUUGCUCAAGUGAUUUUUGUAUCUCCAAAGGCUAAGCCGGAGCCUGACAUAGAGUAGCUGCUUG